GUUUUUGUCUGGCUUACCUGCGAAGCUACGACUCUUCUCUCUAAAAAAUAUUCAGAGGACCAUUUGAACGGGUAUUCUUUGUUGUUCAUAUAUUGUAUAAUUUUAUUUCAUAAUAUCUGAUGACUGCUGCAAUUGCCCAACAAUCAAUAAACUAUUUCGUGUAAGUAUCUUUUUGUUUUUUGUCAAAGAAAAUCUCGAAAGUAUUACAUGGUAUAAUUGAAUUUUCCAUGCACUUUUUCUAUUAUUCGUUGUUCUUUGUGUGGAAAAUAUGUCCCCAUGAUAGCUAUGUUUUUAUGGGAGUUUACUCGGUCAUAGUUGCGUUUGAUUUAUUCUUUUUUUAUUUGAAGCGAAAUAAUCAUUUACAGGUGACGGUCAAGGGUUUUAGGUUGGCAGUUUAACUUUUGAAAUGUUUAAGGACGAGGAUAAGAAUCAGCUACCGAGUGCUAAUAGGAAAACAUAUUCACGAUCAGUUUCAUGGAGUGAUCGAUCACCAAGAAAGUCAAAUUGUAGGCCACAAUGGAACAGCAAGGCUCGGGCUUGUUUGCCGCCCCUUCAUCCUCUCUCGAUCACAAGACCGAGCAUUGAGGAAUGGCCAAGAGCUGGCUCAGAUGACCUUGGCAUUUGGCCAAAUCUCUCCACUCCCUGUGCAAGGCUUGGAUCGAUGGCACCCCAUGAAAAUAUGAGUUUGGAUCAACCUCCAAGAGAAUUUGAAUUCAAGAAAGACAAACUCGCUUUCUUUGAUAAGGAAUGCUCAAGGAUUUUGGACCAUAUAUAUUUGGGGUGCGAUGCUAUUGCAAAGAGUCGUGAAAUUCUCCAACGGAAUGGAAUUACCCAUGUGUUGAACUGUGUGGGGUUUGUUUGUCCUGAAUAUUUCAAGAAUGAGCUCGUGUACAAGACCCUUUGGCUCCGGGACAGCCCAUCAGAGGAUAUUACAAGUAUUCUCUAUGAUGUGUUUGAUUAUUUUGAAGAUGUACGAGAACAAGGUGGGCGUGUUCUUGUUCAUUGUUGCCAGGGGGUGUCUCGAUCAACCUCUUUGGUCAUUGCAUAUCUUAUGUGGAAAGAGGGGCAGAGCUUUGAGGAUGCAUUCCAACAUGUUAAAGCAGCCAGAGGAGUGACUAACCCAAAUAUGGGAUUUGCUUGCCAACUUUUGCUGUGCCAGAAACGGGUACAUGCUCAGCCUGCAAGCCCCACAUCUGUACUUAGGAUGUAUCGAAUGGCGCCCCACUCCCCGUAUGAUCCCCUUCAUCUUGUACCAAAAAUGUUGAUUGAGCCGGGAGCAAACAGACUAGAUUCUCGUGGGGCAUUCAUUAUUCAAAUUCCUUCUGCUAUAUUUGUCUGGACUGGAAAGCAUUGCUUCUCAGUGAUGUUGGAUAAUGCCACUGCAGCUGCCUCCCAAGUUAUUCGUUAUGAAAGGGCCCAGGGUCCCAUUAAAACCAUCAAAGAAGGUGAGGAGACGUCUGAAUUGUGGGAUGCUCUCGGCUAUGAGAAACAGUUAGCAGAUGAGUCAUCUCCCAAGGUUGACACCAUUGCUUCUUCCUCUCAUCAAUGUGUUGGUCAGAGGAAGGUUGAUGAAUAUAACAUCGAUUUUGAGAUUUUCCAGAAAGCUCUUUCCGGUGGGGUGGUUCCGCCCUUUCCAUUAUCAGGAGCAGAAUCCGAGACAUGUCUUCCAGCUAGAGAAAAUGGCUGGAGCAGAUUGAGAAGGAAGUUUUCCAGUGGUGUUGUGAAAGAAUUUAUAUCCUCGUCUAGAUUGAACUACAACACGACCCAAACAUGUGAUGACCUGGAUAUGAUAGAAUCUUGUAAAGAUGUUGAAGACUGUGUUGCUCCUGCUGAUCUUUCAAUGCCUUCCAGUCCUCAGUGCGACUCACCGGACUCCUUUGCCUCUUAUGCAACAAGUAGCCUGGGUUGGAUGAAGACUAACUUUAAAGAAGUGGAAUGCUCGGCUUGUCCUACAGAUACGUCUUUGUCACCAUCACCUUCAUUCAGUUCACUGGAUUCUUUUACUUCAUUUCUUGUUAAUAAACAGAUGUCCAGUUCAACAUCUCCAUCACUUUCACCUUCAACCUCUGAUUAUUCGAGUUCAUUUACCUUCUCACCCUCAUCAUCUAACUGGUCCGACUUAUCAUAUUUCUCGGCUCUGACUUCACCUUCCGGAUUAGAAUAUAAAGAUCCCCAUCUUGACAGGGGUGGCUCCGCAGAGGAAAGUGAAUGUUUACUUCAUAAAGUAACUUCCCCUCCUCCGGAAGAGGCAUUUUCAGCUGGUAGCACUUUGAGAGCAACAGGCAGUUGUUUGUCUUUUAAAGAACGUUCACUAUCCAUUGCAGAACGUAGAGGGAACAUUCGUCCUCCUCGUAUGAUGUUGCCCUCUGUUGAUGAGGUAUCUCAGAUUCCAGAAAACUCUUCGAACUCUCUUCCUUGCAUAGAAGAUGAUAUAAUGAGGGACGUCGAAUGCAGCACCUCGAGACACAAUGAUUCUUUUGAGAUGGACAGAGAAGAGCCAUUAUCAGAUUCUGAUGACCAGACGACUGAAUAUGAACUCCCAAGUCGAUCACAAGAUGACAGAAUGUGCAACACAUUUGAUCUGAUGUCGAAUGAUAUGACCAAUAGAAUAGCACAACCAACUGACUUAUUAUUCUACCAGUGGCCUUCGAUGGAUAAAAUGGACACACAUUGUGUCAUCUUAGAUUCUAGAUCCAUUUACAUCAUUCUUGUGCCCUCAGUGAGUUCCGAGGGGGAAAAUGCCAAUAUUUUAUACAUGUGGGUAGGGCAUGAAGUAUCGCAGAAUGGAGGACAUGAUCAGUCGAUUGAUGACGGAAAAUGCAAAAAUAGUCCUGCACAUUUGGAGAACGUUUGUCGUAGUUUUCUUGCCGAGAAGGGUUUUGACACAAAUGCUCAAAUUAAGAUGGUCGAGGAAGGUCAGGAACCAGCGCAGCUCCUCGAACUUCUUUCUUCAUUAAGGAAGAACUUAAACAGUUGAUCAAGUAAAUCUGAAUAAGAGCACGAACUUGUGUCUACAACUCUAAUGAAAUGAGUUGGCAUCCCGUGGCAGUAUGAAUCCAGGUCCUACUUGUGAGAUGGAAGCGAACUUAAAUUUUAAUCCAAGAUGAGCAUGUAUAAAGAGUAAGUUUCUGAUUACAAUUUUAGGAAUUAUGAUUACAGAAUCCCCUCAGAAUAAGUGUACAAUUUCCCAUUAAUAUUGUGCCUCAGAAUAUGUCAACAUUCAGCACCUAUGGUGUUGCUUUUAAUUAUAAAAUAAAAAAAUAGAGCAUUAGAAGACU